GGUUCAAUCUUUAGUUGCACUGCCCUUUCAAUUCUGAAAUCACUUGCUCCUGCUAGUGUGAAGGGUUCCAUGAAAUCUCAAUGUCAAGUGAGCACUUUCUUCAGUGUAGAGUGCUUUGAUUAAGUUUCAAAAUUACUUUUUUUUUUUUUUUUUUGACACGAAAUGCUGUGGGAAAUGCUUGUGAAACACCGAGAGUAUCUGGAAAGACAAAGGGAAACUUUCAAAUUCAGAAUAAAAAAACUGACUGCAAAGCAAGCGGACAUAUUGAAGAAAUCCACAUUUAUGAGAGAAACCAUCUCAAAGAAGUAUGAAGACAUUGUAAAGGUGCUGGAAGGGGAUUUGAAAGUGACCCUGGACCAACUUGAAGCAGAGGCCAAAGCGGCUGUUCAUACCAUUGACUGUCGUAUAGAAAAAUGUCACCUGAUAGCCCAAGAUAUUGAACAAGAGUUAGCAGAGCUCAGCCUUCAACAGCAGCAGAACAAACAGCAAUCGUACACAAAGAAUGCAGAGACUGAAGAGAGAGUUAUAGAAGUCAUGAACAUCAGCAAUCCUGAUUCUGUUCAGCUGGAUGACUUCAAGUCCAGUCAGCUGCUGAGCCUUAUCAAUAAUUUACAGCUGUUCAUCCGCGCUCAGAUCCCAGUGACUAGAAAAGUCUUCCAGAGCUAUGCCUCUGAAGUUGUGCUGGACCCCGAGACUGCACAUCCCAAGCUGAUCAUUUCCCCCGAUGGCACCUCGGCCACCUUCUCAGACGAGUGGCAGGAGCUCCCUGACAGUCUGGUGCGCUUUGACACCACUCUGAACGUUAUCAGCACAGAGGGCUUCUCAGAAGGAAGGCACUACUGGGAGGUAGAUGUAGGAGGCAAGACCUACUGGGAGCUGGGGGUCACCUACCCUAGCAUCUCCCGAAAAGGCAGAGAGGAAGACUGCUGGCUGGGCAGGAGCGGGGCAUCGUGGUGCGUGGAGUACUUCAAUGGGGAGUACACAGCCUGGCACGAUGGGCAAUCCUACCCGCUGCCCAUCAACAAGGUCUUUAAGAGGAUCGGAGUGUAUGUCAGCUACCCGGCCGGGGUCAUCUCUUUCCAUGGGGCUGACAACAUGAUGCAGCUGUUCACAUUCUGUGCUGGCACCUUUACGGAUAUCCUUCACCCAGCUGUGUGUCCUGGGCAUGACAACGAAGGCACCAACAGAAAAGCGAUUCAAAUUUGCAGCUCUCUGAAAACAUGAGCAGGACUUAGCAUGAAUAAGGAAGGCAAUGCAAUUCAAACGGCUGCAAAGAUAUCAGGAUAUGGAAUGGCAUGAAACAUGCAAAUGAAGACUGUGUGAGCUUACCUGUAUGGGACAAAUGGCAGGCCCUGCAGAACCAUUUGGUUAAGGCAUGCUUCCCCCCAUGUUAAUGCUUCAGUGAUAAAUGGUAAAGGCAUGCACAAUGCAACUGUCAACUGGUCACAUGAAAUCUCUGAGAAACUAACAUUAUUUCAGUGUCUGUUGUUUUUAUGUUUGUUUAAUAUAUAUGAAGUUGAGAAGAAACACUUAUUAUACAAGUGAAUAAAUAACAUCUGUGAAAUACAAGAAAAGGUCUGGUCAUUUCAGUUAUAAAGAAAUAUUCUCAUUGGAUAUGUAUGGAGUAAAUUAUAAAACUAUGGACAAAGGGGGAGGUAAUCAUUUGUAUUUUAUUUUAAAAACAGUUUGUGAAAUUUUAUUUGUGAAUACCCAGUCUGUAACUCGUUAGCAAUGCAGACUUUGUACAUACAAGUUAAUAUUGGACUUGACAUUGUGUAAAGCAGUGACUGCAAUCAUAAUUUAUCAAUUAGAAGAACUCUGUAUUUGAUUAUUAUAUACGUGGAAAACUUCUUAUAUUUAAUGUAUUUCUGCACUCCAAUAGUUUUCAAAAAUUAAAAACAAAUAUCUCUGUAAGCUGUGUGAAAUAAAAUUAAACACAAUUUAGAGUACCCAAGCAAUGUCAUUCAGUUUUGCCACCUUCCCAUUUCCUUGAAAUGUAUGGGCUUAUUCAAUUUCCUUGUUUCAACUGGUUUAGUUUGAAGUGUAUGUAAAAGGAACAAUGUUUGUAUGAAGUAUGAACUA